UCCAUUUACUAAACAUAAGAAAAUAGAAUAUUAUUUAAAAACCCCAGAAUCGACAAUUGUUGAAGCAUAAUAUCGAUUUAAGGAAACUCAACAAAGAAUUUGAUAUCAUUAAAAACAACAUUUAAUCGCAAUCUGCGCGUGUCCCUAUACUUUUUCGGAUACGUAACAUAAUCUAUUCAACAGCAUAAUGUAAUGUUGCUUACCUUUGUAUACGUGUACCAAUUACGUUUGUCAAGCACAUCGUCUCGAGGAGAGGAAGUGAAAUCUUCUUGUAUUUACAAAUUUUCCUCAAACUGAUCUGAAAUAUCAGUAAAAAUUGGUCAGUGCUUUUUGUGCUAUUGAUAAGUUCUAGAAUUUCUACAAGAAACUCCACCUAUUAAAUAGAACGGUAACCCAUUAUCGAAUGACACAACAUGCAGAUUUUUGACGUAAAAAACAACUUUCUCAUUGGCAAUUAUCAAGAAUGCAUCAAAGAAGCCCAAAAAUUAAAGCCAUCUACGCCGGAAAUAGCGAUGUUACGAGACGGAUACCUUUAUCGCGCCUAUAUAGCACAAAGAAAGUUCCGCGUUGUAUUAGAUGAAAUCAACAGUUCAUCACCAGUGGAACUUCAACCACUUAAGACAUUGGCGGAUUACUUUGCCAAUCCUAGUCGUAGAGAAACUAUACUCGCAGAACUGCAAGAGGCAACAAGUCACAUUGACUACGAUAAUCAUAACUUUUUGAUUGUUGCUGCCACUAUUUAUUAUUAUGAGAAUAAUUUGGAAGGUGCUCUUACAGUACUUAGAGAUGUAGAUCACUUGGAAUGCCUGGCACUGAAACUGGCAAUUUAUUUGAAAAUGCAUAGGAUAGACCUUGCAAAAAAGGUAUUAAAAACUAUGCAAGAGAUCGACGAAGAUACCACUGUGACCCAGCUAGCACAGGCUUGGCUGAACAUUAGCACUGGUGCUGAUAAGUUACAUGAAGCCUUUUACAUACUACAGGAAAUGACAGACAAAUAUUCUCGUACAAAUAUGAUGUUAAAUGGACAAGCUGUCUGUUUCAUUGGGCAAGGCAAAUACGAAGAAGCUGAAACAGUUUUGCAAGAUUCCCUGGAGAAGGACAGCAACAAUCCAGUGGCUUUAAUCAACAUGGUUGUUCUUUCCCAACAUUUGGGAAAGGCACCAGAAGUUGCUAACCGUUAUCUAAGCCAACUGAAGGAAUCUCACGCAGAAGAUCCAUUUGUUAAAGACUAUACCCAGAAGACUUCAGAAUUCCAAAGGCUUGUAAAGCAAUAUUCUGUGGGUGCAUAGAUGUAUCAUACUUCUUAGACAUAAGGAUUCUGCUUUUCUUUAUUUCUCACAAAACGUUAGUCUGUCUUUCUUCAAUUAUUUUAUAUAAAACAUAAAGAAGAAACAUUGUUUUUGUAACAUAUGUAAAGAAAGUAAAGAGAUACACAAUAAACAAGUAUUUGCCCUUGUACU